AUGGCUUACACUGGCAAUAUCAUCGGUGCCAUGGUGACGUUCAUCAUCGUGAACCUCAUUGCCGUCUCCAUGCGCAUGUACGUUCGUCUUUGGCUGGUCAAGGCCUUUGGCCUCGAUGAUUUCUUCCUCCUUCUCUCCUUCCUGGGCUACAUCACGGCCUGCAUCAUGGGCUUCGUGUCCAUCCACUAUGGAUUUGCCGAGGACGUCUACCGUCCCUGGUUCGACUACGGUGUCAUGAUGAAGUUCUACUGGGCCAACCAGUUGAUGCUGUACAUCUCGUCUGGGCUCGUCAAGAUCGCCGUGGCUCUCGUCCUGUACCGUCUGGCCUGCAACCUCAAGAACCAAGCCAUCCUCGUCAUCUCCAUCAUCGUCGUCAUCAUCUGGACCUUCCUCACGACCAUCUUCUCGUCCGACGUCUGCGCUGAGACCACCGGUGCUACGAGCUAUGCCGGCGACCAGACCUGCACCGACGUCGGCUACUUCCGCAUGAUCUCCAACAUUGUCAUCGACUUCUUUUUUGCCCUGUACCCAAUCCCCAUGCUGUGGAACUCUACCCUCAGCCAGCGCAUGAAGUACAUUGUCUGCGGCCUGUUGAGUCUGGGCUUGAUUGCCAGCGCCGCCACCAUCGCCAAGCUCAUCAUCCUGGUGCAGCUGCAGUUCGCCACGCCCGACGAGCUCCCCUUCCUACACUACCAGCUCCUGGUCUGGGCCGACGUCGAGCUGGGCCUCAGCAUCCUCGCCGCCUCGGCCGCCGCCCUGCGCCCCCUCGUGCGCAUCCUGACCGGCCACACCUCCUCAGGCCAGUUCAGCUCCUCCCGCACCCCAGCUGGCUUCCACGCCGCCGCCGUCGCCGCCGCCGCCGCCGACCAGGAGGCUGCUCGCCGAGCCCUGCACCCAGAUGAGGAGCAGCCCAAGCAGCAGCAGCAGCAGCACGGCAUGAUGCCCUUCGGACCAGUUCGGCCUCCCCCUGCCGUCGUGGCUGGUGGUGGCAAGGGACCCGGCGGCAUUGGCGGCUUUCUCCCUUCUGAGGAACACGAGAUGCACAGCCUGCCCCUGUACCAUCGUGGUGGCGACGAUGGUGACCUCGAGGCUGGUGAGCAUGACCGCCAGCUUUCUCCUGGUCCGUUGGUUGCUCACUCCGAUACUACCCUCGUCACUGCCUAG